GCUUUACAUUCUUAAGAUCUUAUGCUGUACUGUGGUUGCUGCCAAACAGUCACAUUUGAGAUUCCCAAGGAAAAGUAAAGAGAAAAAUCCCUCCACAAAAAGGCACAGGGCAUUUCUAAGCAACCAGGAUCAUAACUUGAAGCACAUGGUAAAAUAUUUCUUUUUCUCCCCAACUCCUGUCUUCCCAAGACUGUGCAGAGAUAAUGCAGCUGUUUUCUUUUUUAUUUCUUUAAAUGUUGAGCUUGAUCCUCCCAGUAAGGCCUAUAGAAGAGGCAUAUGUAAAAGUAUAUUGACUGAAACUUAAAGCAGGUUAUCCAGACUGAAGGAAACAAACAAGGCUGGUUCUAGACUGGACACAGGGGAUCACUGUGAACAAUCCUGGGGCCUGUAAGCUUCAUGACACAGCUGUAUAAAGGGUUCUCAAACUGGGUGCUGUAAAGCAUUUACAUCCCUUGAGACACUGAGAUCUGUGACACUGAAUAAAGAUCCUGAAGUCAAAUAAGAAAAUCUGUGAAGUUUGAACAAGCGGCCUUCCCAAGAUGUACCGAAUAUCUCAACUGAUGUCAACACCAGUAGCAAGUAAAUGCUCCACCAGGUCCAACAGAGAAUGUACUGGAGAGCUGGCUCCCUCCUGCAUUUUCCCAAGCCUGGCCUUCGACUUCCUGGACGGUGGGAGUCCCUUCGAAUGCUGCUCCAUCGACCCCUUGACAGGCUCCUAUUAUACCUGUCGCCGCAGCCCCAGACUCCUCACCAACGGCUACUAUGUGUGGACGGAGGACAGCUUCCUGUGUGACCAAGACGGCAACAUAACUCUGAACCCCUCCCAGACCACCGUCAUGUACAAGGAGAACCUGGUCAGAAUAUUCAGGAGGAAGAAGAGAAUCCGCCGCUCCCUUCCUUCUCUCUUCAGCCUCAGUGCCUCCCAAUCCUGGCUGUGUGGAAGUGUCUUGGGUGAUUCUGAUACUUCCCCCCAUGAGGACAUCUGGCUGGAGGGUGCCAGGAGGCUGGAUCCAUACCACAGCAGCGAGAAUGAAGGGGAUUUUGAAUGUUCUUCUCUGAUUGACAACCUGGAGAAGCCAAAGGCAGCAUCUGUGACAGCCUCCACUUCCAGCCAAAUCCCAUCUCAGCCUCCCAGAGAAAGCUCCCAGGACACCCUUCAGUCCCUGUGGAACGCCCCUGGAGGUUUGCAAGAGAACAUUGUGGAUCCUUCACAAGGGGAUUUUGAAUGUUCUUCUCUGAUUGACAACCUGGAGAAGCCAAAGGCAGCAUCUGUGACAGCCUCCACUUCCAGCCAAAUCCCAUCUCAGCCUCCCAGAGAAAGCUCCCAGGACACCCUUCAGUCCCUGUGGAAUGCCCCUGGAGGUUUGCAAGAAAACAUUGUGGAUCCUUCACAAACCAGUGUGUUUCCGGGUGUCUCCUUUCAGGCGGUGCUGCUUAUAGCAUGCUUCAUCAUUUCUCUAUGUGCAAGAUGGUGGAUUGGAGGAGUAUUAUCCAAUGUCUUCACGUGCACGCUGGUGAUAACAAUUGCUUAUGUUGUCCAGUCAUUGUUCCUCAGCCUCGCCAGCUAUUUCAAAGCCACUGCCCAUGCCUGGUUUGCCAGAAUUUGACAACCAUUUAGGAAUGCCUCUGAUGAAUCUCUUCCAUCUGAAUAUCCGGAAAUUGUCCAACUUGCAGUCUGCUUGGAAUUGACUGUUAUAUUUGCAAGGGAGUAAGCAGCUGGAUGAUGGAGGGGGGGGAGAAACAAAUUUGUCUAUGGGACUUCUGUUUAAACCCUCAGUUUCCCCUCACAAUGGUAACAUGCUUAUGAGAAACAUAUGAAUUUGCUUUUCCUUUGCGAACACUGGAGGUUGAAAAGGAAAGGACGAGGGUGGGUGAGAGGGAACAGAGCGCUGGAGUGAAUGGCCCUGUCACUCCCUCAGGCCCUGGUUCUCAAGCAUUAACUUUCACUGGAGAAUCCUGUGUGGGGCUUGUAGAAGGGUGGAUUCCUGGGUGUGCCAGAUGGUGGGAACCUGUGCCUUACUGACCUGCUUUAAUUGGCCACUGAAAAUAAGUUAAUGUCAUCAAUUCCAGCUGGGAAGUAAAGAAAUGCAGUUUGCACAUUCA